UGUAAACCUGCGUUUACACAGUAAAAAACAUUGUAAGAUAGCAUGUGUAAACUUACUAUUAAUUAAUGUAGUUUUGUUUGGUGUUUGAAAUUAUGACACCGAGAGAGUUAGGCUCGUAUAUAAAAUUAAGUUUUAAUGAGUAUAGAUAUGGCAGAACCAGUAUUGGUCGAAGAAAGCGUGCCUUCAAAACUUUCAACUGUCCUGAAAGAGUUUAUCGAAUGUUUACCAAAGAAUAUAAUUCAUCAUGACUAUUUGAUGGCUCUGGUUAUCGUGCUCCUCUCCGAAGUGGGGUUUCGUGUCGACAUGCCGCAAGAGGAAGUCGAGGAAUCCAGAUGGUGUCAAUAUUCUAGCCGGCUCCUGAGAGACUGGAAAUCCCAGGAAUCCGGAACUUAUCGCAUUAACUUUCAUCUGCAUUCCAUUCCCACGUUGCGCUGUAGAUUCGUGGCCACCCCCAAUGGCGACGUUUUGAUCUUGAACUUCCUUCCAUCUGAAACAUCGAAUAUUGGUCGCAGCAUGGCUGUGCAAACUCUUAAAUAUGUAAAUCCAUAUUCCAGUGAUAUAAACGACAGGUUUUUGAACCUUAAGGAGUUCUCGCAAAGAUUAAAAAAUCAGCUGGCUACUCCGAUUCUAGUGUAUUUAUUAACCGAAGUAGGAUUGCCAUCGCCGAGUCUUUUGGGCCUUCCAGUGGAGUUGAAGUUACGGAUUUUGAGUUUUCUGGACAAACGCAGUAUCGGCAGACUAGCACGAACAUGUAAAGAAUUUCGUGACUUGUCUCAGAAUCAUGCCGUACGAUGACAAUCGUUAAGUUACGAAUAUCCAAUGCAGACGGUUAAUUAUUACGCCGCAAGUAUUUUGAAAUCGUUUGUAAUAUUUCGUUCAUCGAUGCCUGGUAUUAAAUAAAGUACAGUAUCAUAUUGAACUAUAUAGAAUUCUAUUUUGACCGUAGACUACAGACUCGUCACCGUCGCCAAAAGAUGUCCAAUGAGCAAGACCGGAUUGCCACUCAAGAACGGGAUCGAGAGCGAAAUUAAAAGAUGUAAGCCGCCAAUAAAAUUAAAUGUCCUCACUGUGUAUAUAUAUAAUAUAUAUGUAAGUAUAUCCUCCCAUUCUCGCUGGAACCUUAAUAGUCUUAAUUAUAUUAUGUACAACCAUCCACUUGUACUUGUGACCAUAGAUCGAUUUGUUUUGCGUUCGGUGGACAUAUAACGUCAUUCUUCUUUAACUUGCAAACAUAAUGAAAAAUAAUCCAUUUCGUGGCAAGUGAUAACUUUGAAGUACGCUCUUUAGACAUAAUAACGAAGAUCCCUAGUCCGUACCAAAACAGUGAAUUUUGCUCUCCUCAAAUGAUUUCCAACGCAUCGUUCAGAUCAUGUACAAGACUAGAUUUGAAGGCAGCCGCGAUAAUCCGGUAUUGCCAUUAACAAACUUUUGCGCCCAGUACGCAUAUGUGACAAAGAAUUGAGAACGUUUCGAUAGUCCGUUGAAAUCUAGAAUCCUGAGCUAUAAUAUAAAAAAGCCGAUCCCUCGAGAGACAGUCGCCUCCGAGGAACAGAGUUCCAUUACGAUCCGUAAACUAAUUCCCGUUCUCGAGAAGAGCUCCCACACGUAAUUCUGGCACACACGCUAUGCACACUUAACCUUAAACUCGCUCGCGAAGAUUCGGCCGAACCUCGGCAAUUUUGCGGGGAAUCGUUCCGAAUUCCCUGAGCGGUUUGCCAGGAUCACAUUUACAAAAGCGUCCCUAUAUCCAUUAAGGGAGUCGGGUCGGUGAAGUGCAAUUUAAGCCGAGCUCAAAAGAGAAUGAAAAGACAUAGGAAACGUUUGGAUGUAGCUUUUCGAUUUCUCAUAACCUCACUUUGAUCGAGGCACCUCACAACGGACCGACUCCCUUAAGAUUCGCGGAUCGCUCCACGCUAUUGCCACGUAUUUUCCCUGGCGAGGUCGAAAAUACGACUUUAUACACAUAUGUAUAUUCCAGCAGAGCCGGGGCCUUCGACAAUUUGCGACAAUUGCGACCGUUGCAAAUAAUACUCGUCCGAGCAGGAGGCGAACUUUUCGUCGCCGUUCAAAAUGAUAAAGGGAUCCUCAUUCGCCCCUCAAUUUCCCCACAAGGGGAAGCCGGGUGUUUCUUUCUCUCUUUCUCAUUGCAACACCAUGCAAUCGCCGUUCAUAGACAUACUACUCCCUUUAAUCUCUAUUAUAUACAAAAGCAAAUCGCGCUCUCCCUCGUCCACCGCGCGGUACCUCGAUUUCUCUCUCUGCUUUGUGCCUUAAACUCUAACAUCAUAUGUCUCGUGUAUAAACAAUUUCAUAGAAAAUUUAUGUGAUUAAAACAACGUAAGUAAUGAUAAUUACUUCUGAGCACGAUAAACAAGUUUGUACAAUUUAUUAUGCGCGUCCUAAAUAGUCUUACAGCUAUGCGUGACACGGAACGCUUUUGUCGGAUCCGGAGAUAUAUGUAGGUUUACGGAUUGUAAUUCUUACGUUGUCGCCCCUCGGCGCGAACAACCGCAACACUCGCCUACUUUCUUCCCUCCAUUCGCGAAGUCUCCCCCAGACUUGUUAUCGCCUUCCUUAGUUGCGUGCUCGACAGCCGAUAACUAAUUACAGAGACUCGUCGAGAACCGAAACGCCGGAUGGCUCUUGGCCAUCGUUUUAAGGGGGUGAAUAGAUUAUGAGAUAAAUUUUAAUCAAUCGGUUUAAAUUAAAAAAAAAAAAAAAUUAAAAGGUACAGGGAACAGUUCCUUACGAGGCUGAUUUACUUCACGUUCUAUGGAGAAUUUAAGAUAGAAGUUUCGAUGCGAUUCAAAAUGGCGGACGCGGGGCUGGAAAAUUCUGAUAUAUAUUUUUUUUCUCUCCACGGUGUAUCUACUGACCCCCUUAAGCUAUCGAGCAUCGCCAAUCGCACACAUCAAUCCAUACAAGCCUCUCGUUAUACGCUUAUGUAUGUACGCACU